UUUCAUAGCUAUAUAAACACUACUCCUAUCACUCCAAAAAUAUUACCAAGAAACCAAAUUAAUUUAGAAAUUAAGCCCUCUCUUUCAGUUUCAGCAAAGUAAAAAGAAGAUUCAAUUUAGUUUUCCCUCUUCAAACAAAAAAGAACCAACUUCAAAUUCACCUCUUUUUUAGCAAUACAUCCCAUGGCUCCCGAGCUCGUUACCGCGGCGAAACCGGCGGCUGUGGCGUCGAGGGCCUACGUGACUUUCUUGGCCGGCAACGGGGACUACGUGAAGGGCGUGGUGGGGCUGGCCAAGGGCCUGCGGAAGGUGAAGGCGGCGUAUCCUCUCGUGGUGGCGGUGCUGCCCGACGUGCCGGAGGAGCACCGCCGCACACUGGUGGAGCAAGGCUGCAUAGUUAGGGAGAUCGUGCCCGUUUACCCGCCGGAAAACCAGACGCAGUUUGCCAUGGCGUAUUACGUCAUCAACUACUCCAAACUCCGUAUAUGGGAGUUUGUGGAUUAUACGAAGAUGAUAUAUUUGGAUGGUGACAUACAAGUAUACGAGAACAUAGAUCACCUGUUUGAUUUGGAGGAUGGUUAUUUAUAUGCGGUGAUGGAUUGCUUCUGUGAGAAAACGUGGAGUCACACGCGUCAAUACAAGAUUGGCUACUGCCAGCAGUGCCCCGAGAAGGUGACGUGGCCGGCGGAGAUGGGGGCGCCGCCGGCUCUCUACUUCAACGCCGGCAUGUUCGUGUUCGAGCCUAGUCUUGCCACCUAUGAGAGUCUCCUUGAUACCCUCAAAAUCACCACUCCUACUUGUUUUGCUGAGCAGGAUUUCUUGAACAUGUUUUUUAAGGAUGUGUACAAGCCGAUACCGAAUGUGUACAACCUUGUUCUAGCCAUGCUUUGGCGCCACCCAGAGAAUGUGCAGCUUGAGCAAGUGAAAGUGGUUCACUACUGCGCUGCGGGGUCGAAGCCAUGGAGGUACACAGGGAAGGAAGAGAACAUGCAGAGAGAAGACAUCAAGAUGCUGGUUGAGAAAUGGUGGGACAUUUACAACGACGAGUCUUUGGACUUGAAGAAAUCUCACGGCCAAAUCGACGGCGGCCGUGUGCAGCCGUUGAUUGCAGCGGUGUUGAAUGAGGCUACUGCGCGUAAAGUGAAACUGGUCGCCGCCCCUUCCGCGGCUUGAAUUCUGCUGAGGAGCUUUGUAUAUACUACUAUGGCAAAAUUAAGUUGGAGAUGAAGUUGAAGUCUUUGGUUUCUUCUAAAGAAGUAUUGCUGUGGGGGAAGAUUGCAGAUAGAGUCUAAGAAUUGUUGAUAGUUUGUGUGUCCGAUUUUGCUGUUGCAAAAGGGGAGAAAUAAUGUUGGUAUUAGGCUCCUGUGGUUUGCUUGCCAUUCUAGAGAGAGGUGGCCAAAGUUUAUUUAAUCCUCUCUUUUUUUUUUGAUAAUCAAUACCAAUACCGAUUUAAUUCUACUUUGAAA